GGCAAUCGGUUCUAGCGAAAGUAAGGUUCGAGAAACCCUGUUCGGAUGCGAAAGGAAAACAAAACAUGCGUUCUGAUGUUGUUUUCCUAAAAUAAAACAUAUUUUUACCAUAAACAGUUUGCAUUUAUUAGUUUUACAGAAUGGAUGGGAUCAGUUUUGAUUCCCUCACUUACCUUCCCGACGAUUCGUUCGUGAUCGAGUGCAAUGACGACUUCAGCGGAAUAUGCGAGGACAUUGUACGAUUGGCUAGUGUCACACAUUUGGUGGAUCAGUUGGACCCCGGAAAUGAAAGCCCUCCCAGUAGCUGUUAUUACUCAUCAGGAAGAUAUUUCGACAAAGAGAUACCUUCACUCUUCUCUGAAAUGGAAUACUUAACCGAGGUUUCUCCGGAAACAGAAAUGGCCAUCGUUCCCAGUAAUCAAACCCCUUUGGCAGUGGACCCAAUCGAGUUCUCCUGGAAACGAAAAGAGGAUAAAAUGAAUGAACAAUCUGAGUCCAAGAACGAAGAAUCGCAUUCGUCUAUUGAGGAAAUGCCGAAGGAAACGAAUGAUGUGGAUAAUAGAUAUAUUGGCUCCACGAACUACAAGAAAAUUCUGCAAAAUUAUAUUCAAAAGGGUAAACGAAGACUGGAGGAAAGUGCUAACGCUAAAAUGAAAGCGACUGUUGUGAGUGUAACCGCUGGCACCAAUUCUACCUCCCUAAUCGAGACCGUUACCUGCGCUUCCUACGUUGGCACACAAUAUUCCACCGGUGGUAGCUUACGAGAACCCGGGAAUCAGUUUGUAUCCGAACCAGCCCACUUGCCCAACUAUCGCUGCCACGAUUGUAACUCAUGUUUUCUGUCUGUCGAAAGGCUCAAGAAACACACUUGCAUCAUAGCGGAACAGUACCAAUGCCAGCUGUGUCGGCGAGAGUUUCGAAAGCGAAAGACCCUCGAGCAGCAUAUCAAAUCCCAUGACAAGGUAUUUUCAACUGAUGACGAUCUACGAAAGUGGUGAAUCGUUCGAAAUGUGUGUUCGUUGGUGUUCAAUUAAACUGUGUUUGUGUACGUUUGUAAUGUGACUGUCCUGAUCGAAAGUACUUUUUUGGAAAUUGAACAAAACCCUGACCACAGAUAGCGAAAUGACUUCUUGGGUGGAUCUAUUUGGACAUAAACGUUGGAUGUGAGGCUGAUUACCUGUUUUCUGUUGGAAAGAAAAUCCGGCUUGUAAUUGCUUUACAGCACAUUUUGUUCAGUUUAUUUCCUAAUUUUAAAGAAUUUAGAGUGCAUACAGGUAGACGAUUACAUGAAUCCGAUGAAUAAG